AUGCUCGAGCGUCUGUCCCGCCGCUCUCGAUCCAUGCUUUCUCUGACAUUAACCUCUUUGGCUCUGGCCCUGUCCAUCCUGGCUCUCUGCACCUCCUACUGGUGUGAGGGCACCCACAAGGUGGUCAAGCCUCUCUGCCUGUCGCCUGUCAAAAUGAAGAACUGUGGUCAGAACAACAGUGAGCCUUACACAACAGAGAGCCCCACACAAAACCCUUUCAACCGGACACUGUCUCCAGCCAGAAGAGAUGAGCUGGACAAGAUCAGACAAAGACAGCUGGCCAAUGCUGUGCACUACAUCUGGGAGACAGGGGAAGACAAGUUUGCUUUCAGAUAUUUCCAUACUGGCUUCUGGGAAAGCUGUGAAAAGCAGAAUGAUGGAGAGGUGUGUCGCAGCUUUAUCGACUUAACUCCAGGGGAAACACAAGGUGUGCUUUGGCUGUCGGUUAUUUCUGAGUUUACAUAUAUUGGCCUGCUGGGGAUGGGCUUCUUACUGAUGUGCCUGGAAGUCAUGUGCUCCCACAAAGAGAUGCACGCACUAAAAAUCAAUGCCUUCGCAGCUAUUUGUACUGUGCUAUCAGGUCUUCUUGGGAUGGUAGCACAUAUGAUGUUCACCACAGUAUUUCAGAUGACAGUCAUCGUGGGCCCUAAAGACUGGAGGCCUCAGUCCUGGGAUUACGGCUGGUCAUUUGCCCUUGCCUGGGUAUCCUUUAGCUGCUGCAUGGGGGCUGCUGUCGUCACACUCAACUCCUACACGAAGACCAUCAUUGAGAUCCGUCGCAGGCAAAGACUCCGCUUGGACGAAGCAAGAGCUGCUGCUCGGGCCCCGUCAUAUGACGAGGUGGUUCCAGGAGGAGGGCUGUACUCAGUCAGCGGCCUGCUGCACUGUCCGGAUGGGAUGAUUGAUGUGGCAUGGGCCCCGAAUGGUAGCGUGGUCGGAGUGGGAAAUGGGGACGUGCCGACACUGGUUUUAGUGGGAGGCUGUGGCCCAGAGGGAUGUGAGGACUGCGAGCGUGAGAGGGACCAGAUGGGAGUGGUCUUGGAUCGGAUUGAUUCACCUUGUUAGGAGGGCCAGCUAUUCACAUAAACUAAAAGGGCAAAAUAAAUAAAUAAAACACUGCAUUGCUGCAGUGAUCAGAGAUGCUGGUUUGCUUUGACUUUUGAUUCCUUGGAAUAC